AUGGCUAAUUCUAAGACCAUUAUCUCUGCUUUGGUCCUCUCGGCCCUUGCUACUGCUGCCCCCUUUCCUAGCAAUACCAGCUUCUCUAUUACACAGGUUGCUGUUAAGGUUCCUGCUAUCCACCCAGCUGCUAUAUACGCCCGGGCUUAUACCAGGCUUGGUGUUAAUGUUCCUGAUCAUAUAGCCUUGGCAGCUAGGUCUGGAUGGACUGACUCUGUUGUCGCUAAUGCCUAUAAAGAUGAUUUCUCAUACCUCACUCCUAUUCAAAUUGGUUCCAGCAUCUUAAAUGUUUACUUGGACACUGCCUCUGCUAAUACGUGGGCCUAUACUGCUCAUACCCCUGGUGUUGGAUCCCAUGCUACCUAUAACUCCCAAAGUGGCACAUUGCUAACGGCUUACUACUGGAAAGCCAAAAAUGGACAUGGCGUCAUUUUCGAAGGUCGCGUGUUUUUAGAUAGGGUUCGGCUUGGUCGGCUUAUGUAUCCUAUGCAGGCUAUUCAGGUUGUUGAUAAUAUUAUACCUGCCUCAGCUAUAGCCGAUCCUAAUUUAGCGUUUGAUGGUAUCUUUGGAUUAGCCUUCUCUUCAAGGAAUACUGUUAGGCCUGUAAAGCAGAAGACCUUCUUUGAGAAUAUUAAGGGUAACCUUAAAGCCCCUCUCUUUGCUGCCUACCUCAAGCAUAAGGCUCCUGGUGCCUUUGAUUUUGGUUGGAUUGAUCCCAACAAGCACAAGGGGUCGCUUAUCUGGACGCCUGUUCAUACCAGCCAGGGGUUAUGGAAUAUUUCCGUUGAUGGAUAUAGUAUUGGCAACGAUACCUUUAGUACUACCCCUUUCUUUGGUAUUAUCGACACUGCUACCACCCUGAUGCUCCUUGAUGAGGGCAUUGUCAGAGAUUACUAUCAACGCAUUCCUGGUUCCGAUAAAUCCCAUCAAGUGGGGGGAUACGUCUUCACAUGCACUAGUAUCCUUCCUGAAUUCAAGGUUAAGAUUGGUCAACACAUCGCCGUCGUUCCUGGCGAACUUAUCAAUUUUACUGCUAUCAAUAGUACGCAUUGCUAUGGUAGUAUCCAAGUCACUCCUGUACCCGCCGUAAAUCUUCUCGGCGCUGCCUUCAUAAAGACCCAGUUUGUUGUUUUCCAUGACCGACCCGGAUCUCCCCAGAUCGGUAUCGCUACCCAGGCCUAA